CUUGAAGCCGCCAAUUGAAUAAACAAGAUGGCGGAAAAUUUGAGUGUUCCGGCCGAAUUUGAAAAACCGAAACCGAAAGUGGUAGGACUGAACAUGAACCUCUUGCCGCCCUCUGCCUUCCAAGGAAAGACCUCACCCACACCUGACCCCUGGAAAGAACAGACACAGGGAGAAAUUGAAAAAUUGAAGCAGGAAAAUGCAAAACUUAGGGAAGCUCAGUCACAACUGGAAGCAAAAGAAAAGGAAAGAAAGUCAUUUGCUCAGGAACGUCAAACAAUAACUGUACCAGAAGUGUGCAAGUAUUCCACUAAGAAAGAUGAUUUCAAAUAUGUGGAUGAGCUGAUAAAUAAACAAGCCUGUGAAAUCACAGAGCUUAAAAAUGAGCUUAGGUCUAUAAAGUGUACCCAUAGAGAUGAACUUGCGGACAUGGAACGCCAGUUGACAAUAAAAGAGCGUGAAGGAUCCCACUCAGUAGCUUCCCUUGAAAUGGAACUGAAGGCAGCGGAAGACAGAUAUGACAAACAGGUUGAUCGUUUGAGCCGAGAGCAUGAGCGUGAAACAGAUGAACUGCAACAGAUCGUUGAUCAGCUUCAAGAAGAGCUUGCCGCUGUGCGAUCAGGGGCGAGUAACCAUGUAGAUAAACUUACAACUAAAUAUGAUCAGUUGAGGACUGAAAGUGAACAGACGAUCGAACGGCUAGCUCACAAUCUCAGAGAAAAAGAAGUAUUACUGGACAAGCAGGCAUCCCAGAUAACUCAAUUAAAGACAUACAUCGGGGAAACAGAGAACCUGCCGAAACCAUCCGAUAUUACCAGACGCGAAAAUGAAUCCUUGUCAACUAAAGUUAAGGCUUACGAGUCACAGGUUGAAAAAUUGCAGUCCUCAGUUCAGCUGUUAAACAUUCGUCUUAACUCGACCAAUGAAAUACUGAAACUACAAGAAAAAGACAUCAGUAAGUCCUCUUCAGAAGGUGACAACAAGAAAUCAGAAAGUCUUCUUUUAACUAGGUGGCGUGAAAAAGUGUUUGCCUUGAUGGUUCAACAGAAAUCUACAGAUAUUGUCAGACAGAAUGAUGAAAACAAUUGGAACUCUAAGCUCAAAGACUUGGAGGGUCAGCUUAGUUCUGCCAAAAACCGUAUAGAACAGCUGGGACACAGUCUUCAGGAUAAAGAAGCCCAGCUUAACAUGCAGACGACUCAUGCACAGCAACUACAGGGUGAGUUAUGUGGAGCCCAGCAGAUCGCCCUGUGUCUUGAUGAUCAUGUGCAGGAGAAUGUAAACAAUGCCAGUCUCCUACAGCAGUUUGCUGCAAGCAUUGGGUCCAAAUUUGAUGAGAAUAUGGAGGCAAUGACAACAUGUAUGUCAACAUUGAAGAGUUACGGUCAAAGAGUCAGCUUUGCCAGUGGGAGAGUCGAAAUGCUACAAGGACUGUUUGCCAGGCGUGAGGCCAUGGUAAGACUACAGAAUGAACGCGGGGAUGUACCCGAAAAAGACAUUACAGAAUCAGUUGUGCACCAGGAGAGUUAUCAAAACAGAGAGGAGUGUGCGGUUUUACGAGGAGAGUUAGAGCGAGUGACGAGGGAGAGAGAUAGUCUAUCAGCGCAGAUCAAAAAAGACUGUAACACCUGGGACUCCAAGAUAGCAAAUAUCAGAGCAGAGGUUGCGGAUGAAGUGGAGACAUUGGAGCAGACAAAGACCGACCUAGAAUCAAUAGUGCAGGACAAAAAUAGGAAACUUACCGAGUUGUCAGACCAGCUGGAGUGUUGCCAGAGUGACCUUGACUUUGCCAACCAGAGUAUAGAAGAGCUGAAGGCUACACUCGCCAAGCAAGAGAUGAAUAUGAAUGAAGCACUUGAAGAGCAAAAAAAGGAAGUUGAAGGUCAUAUGUCAGACAGACUGGCGGAUCUGGACCGACAGUUGAAUGAUGCAAAGAGAGAACACACAAAGGCUGUUGUAUCACUGCGUCAGCUAGAGCGACAGAGUGGUCGGGAACGAGACCGAGCGAAAGAGCAGCUAGCCACGAUGGAAGAACAUUACACUAGACAGAUAGCUCUCCUUACUGACCGACUAAGGGCAACGGAGAGUGAAAGAAAUCUUAUGAUGGCAACUCUGCGUCAAGAAGGCCUCAUUGGGAAGUUAAAAAGUGACAGACUUGAACCAGUCAGAACGGACUGGAGUAUCACUGAACCAGUCCAGGAACAUACAGAGUCAGAAGUUGGGGAGAGAGCAGUGUUUUCUCAUUCAGAAAUGGGCAAGAUGGGAGAAGCGAUUGAUGUAUUUCAAACUAGGCCAGAUCAAGAUAGUGAAUCUACAGAAGAGAACAUCACUUCAGUCCUAGAUGACUUGAAAUCACUAACAGAUGCUGUGUUAAAAGAUGGGGACUCUGAAUCUGGAUCCGACUUAGAUGUCUGAAAUACCUAACUGACGCUGUGUUAAAAGAUGGGACUCGAAAUCUGGAUCUGACUUAGAUGUGUAAAAAUCCCUAACCGAUGCUGUGUUAAAAGAUUUGGAAUCAGAAUCUGCAUCUGACUAAGAUGUCUGAAAUCCCUUACUGAUGCUGUGUUAAAAGAUGAGGACUCAGAAUCUGGAUCGGACUUAGAUGUGUGAAAUCCUCUACUAAUGCUGUGACUCGGAAUCUGGAUCAGACUUAGAUGUGUGAAUUACCUAACUGAUGCUGUGUUAAAAGAUGUUGACUCAGAAUCUGGAUCGGACUUAGAUGUGUGAAUUACCUAACUGAUGCUGUGUUAUAAGAUGGGGACUCGG